GAAACAUGAGCUCUUCAAUUGUUUACAUAUAUACCAUAAUAUAGCAAAUAGUUUCUUGAUAUAUCCUCCUUUCAUUUUUCUGUGUGUCUCAAAGAAGAAAGGGGGUUAUAGAAAUUACAGUAGUAUAAAAAAAGAAAUAAAAUAGGUGGGUUUUUUUGGAGCUGAAAUUGGGUACCUCUAAUAGCAUGGAUCUUGACAAAUCUUGGAAUAGUAUUAGUAGUGUCAGUUCCCAUAGUAUUAAUUUUAGUUACUUCAAUUCAUCACUGGCAGCUGUCUUGUUUUUGUCUUUUGGGAGUUCAAUUUCAGUGUCCAAAAUGGCUUUAUAUAUUAAUUUCUCAACCAUUACACCUUCUUUUGAUGAUGAUUUAAUUCUAAAGUCUUCUUCUUUUUCAUUUUCUUGAAGAAGAAAGACUCCAAUUUGAUCACCACCCACUUUUUCCUCAACUGUUUUUGUUUGUUUGCUUAAGUUUCUUGAUUGUUUAGCUUUCCUUUUUUGUCUCUUUUUUAAAGACCUUUUGGGACUAUUAUAAAGCCUAGAGAAAUGCUGUGUGCAUCAUUAUCAGGGUUGUGUCAUCAACAAAAAAUGUUGGUCGGUGGUACUGUGAAACAAGCUUCACCAGCUAUGGUUUCUUUAGAUAUCUACAGCAGGUGUGGUUUUGAUGGUGUUGUUAGAUGUUGGAUUGGGAAUGAGAAAGGAAGAUGGAACAAAUUGGCUGUUGCAAGUACAAAGAAGAGGAGGUUGAGCAUUUCCCCUAUGGCUUCCUCUGCUCUUGCAGAAACCCGAUUUACAUCGAGAGCCAAAUUCUAUAAGGAGGUUCUUAACGGUGCAAGGGAAAAAUUUACCCAGGAGAUAUCUUUCCAAUCCAAGGACAAAGAUAUUUCGUUGGCAAAGGCUUUGCUUUUUGUCGCCUCUGAAGACGAGGCAUUUAUGGCUUUCAACCGGGAGAUGGAUGCUCAUUCGCUCCAAAGUGAGAGGAUAUCUGCUUCAUUGACUCACGCCAGGGAAUGGACUUGCGUGGAGGCCAUGCCUCUUUCUGGAAAAAAUAUGAAUGAGUGGAUGGUUGAGUUGGAUGUCAUUGCGAGAGAAGUGGAAGCAGAGCUAGUUUCAAGAGAAAUAGGAUGCGAUUUGGUUGAAGUUUUAGAUGCAGUGAAUGUGGUGCUUUUCAAAUCAAGGGGUUUCAAAAGGUCAUCUGUACUUGUGGAUUCGAAGUGUGCAUACCUACAUUCAGUAUUAAGCUCUGGAUAUUGUAGCGCAAUUUUGCUUAGUGUCAUUUAUAUUGAAGUCUGUCGAAGACUUAAUCUGACCAUUGUGGGAUCCCGUGUUGGGGAAGAUUUUUUGAUAUGGCCUCAAACUGGAAACCCUGAGGAGCUAUUCAAGGUUAUCUCUGGCCACAGCUUGUUUGGUAUUGUCAAUGGAAAGUGUGUCGAUGACCCUAGAUCAAAGGCAUCUGACAUCAAUAGCAAUUCGUUGCCGGGGCUUGAGUUAGCAACAAACCGAGAUAUUAUCGGAAUUGCUUUGGCUAAUUUGAUUAGGCUUCACUGGAAACGUGCUUCAAGAGCAAAUCAUGGUUUGAUGUUGACUUCUCCUCUUAGAUCUGUUGAUCAUGCAGAUGAUAAGUCUGGGAAGACUAAUUGUCUGAAUGUCCCAUUGUUACGGCCUCAAGAUUUGAGGUUCAAGAUGCUAAAUUGCAACCUUGGCAUGAGAAAGGAGAAUUGAGAAUUUUGGCCGCAUAUUGAUAUUUUAUUGAUUCUAACAUUCUACUAAAAUUCUAACAUUCCACUAAAAUAAUUAUUUAAUCAAUCUUGCUGCAAUAUAAUAGAUGCUUACUCCUCCAUUUAAGUUUAUAACAAAACGAGCUAGGGUAAAAGAUCCCUCACUGAUCUAGCUUCAUUUUGGUAGUAGAAGUCCUUUCUAUUUCUAUAUACUGAUCAAAUAGAAAAUGACUAGAUACUGUAUUAUGCAGAUUGACUUUCCUUUUUUACAUACUUUUAGCCUCUUCUUCCUUUUACUUCCUUACUGUUGCUUCUUUUCAUCUCUCCCACAUUCCUUCUAGAAACCCAAGAAAGCUAACCUUAUAUUGCUCCCUUUCUGAUCUUUAGGAUUUGAUGCUUUUCUUAGAUGCUAUAGAUGUAAUACAUAUAUAAACGCAUGUGUUGACACAUUUAUUAGUAUAUAUUUGGUAGUUGAGGUCAACUAUAUGAGGUUUUUUCUUUUCACUAAACCAUCGGUUCUGCUUACAAAAUCAACUUUUUUUAGACAGGCAUAUAUGCUUACUAGUGAUCAAACAUUAAUUACUUGGAAAAGGAAGGGGUAGCCCGGUGGAAGAGGGGGUGGGGGUGGGGGGUUGCACAGAAGUAACAGUGAUAAUAACAGAUCACUUUCUUGAUACUGUUGCAUGUGUUCAGCAGCAUUUCUUCUGGUCUAUUACAUCAUACUAACAUAUCAUCCACCGCCACUAAAAUGUUUGAAGGUCUUUUUGCAUCUACAUUCUCCUUUAGGGAGCAUCAUCUGUUUCCGUUUCUGAUAUCCAUUCCUGCUUUUUUCAUCUGUUAUGCAUUCUAUUAAGGUGGUUUAUAACUGGUACUGUUAUUUCUUUGUUGUAUAUCAUGUAACAACGAAGUAGGAAUUGAGGCACUUACCAAAUUGCUGUACACACAUGGGAUAGUAAGGGUUUUUAAUCAAUCAAACAGGGCCAAAACAAUACUUGGCAUUUGAUUAUUAUCUCUUAAGCAUUAAGUUUUAUCUAACGUGCAGAAACAUGCUAGUCCCGAGUAAGGAUGGAUCAUUUUCUAUCUUACUGUUCUCAGUGGAUUAAAAUAUACAACUAAACAUAGAUAGCCAAUAUCGAAUAUUCUUAAAUAAGUGCAGGUGUUGCUUUUAAGUUAAGGUUUUUCCAGUUAUCACACACAGAUGUCUGACCUUUGCUCUAGGGGAUUAAUUUGUGUGUAAUAUCUGUUCACUUAUAAUGACUAUAUGUCUCUCUCUGGAAUGGCACAAUACUUUCUAGGCUGGCCAUUAUGGCUUCAGAAAGAUUGCUCAUUCUGCAGCCACACAAUUGGGCUUUGAGGAGAGACCAUGGCAUGAUGUUGUA